AUCUUGAUGAAAGUUAUAAAUACAUACCGGAAGCUGAUAUAUUAAGUGUGUAUUUUAUCACUUUACUGCAUACAUGACAGACAUUGACCCAACAAUUGCGAUGCCAAGAAAUGACAGUACAAAGCUACCGAAUGUUCCAAAGGCUGCAAGAGACAUGUCCAGUGUUUCAACGGAACCCCCAUUCAAAGCAUUUGUUGCCAACUUGCCGUAUGAUGCUUCUGAGGAGAAGUUGAUGAGAUUCUUUGGGCAUCUUGAUGUGGUUAAUGUGCGAUUACCACUCGACAAGGGCAGGCAUCGUGGGUUUGGAUACGUGCAAUUUCAAAGCAGACAGGGAUUGAUUGGUGCACUAGGAAUGCACCAAGAGAUGUUUUGUGGUCGGAAAAUCGUUGUGCAUCUGACCGGAGAAUCACACAAUGAUAAUCCCUCAUCAGAUAAUCCAUCAUCAGAUAAUGGUAAAGGUGGUCGGUAUCGCUAUGAUGGAGGUCCUUGUCGAGCUGCAGGAGACUGGCGAUCACAAUCUAAAUCAGACUCGGCAUUCACUGACAGAGGAAACUAUGGUCGCUCAGAUGACCGAAGGCCGAUUCGCAAUGACAACAGAGGGCCGAGCCGUUAUGAUGAUAGGGGGCCAAGGCGAGAAGGCGGCACCACUGCCAGAUAUAAUGAACGAGGAUUUGGCGGUGACAGACGAUCUGAUCGAGGAGAUUACGAGGGAUUUGGUCACCAUGACGACCAUGUAUUUGGAGAGGGAAUAUACAGAAGUGAUGACGACAGACGGGGCGGGUUUGAAGGCGGCGGCAAUAGAGAUGAGCCCGAGAUGUAUCGAGCACCGGCCGUGCGCCCUCCAAGCACCAAGGAGCUAGCAGAGAUGGGCGAGUCCCUUGGCUAUCAACUGACGGACGCAGAGAUAGAGGGAUUCAAGGGUCACAUUAUGGAAUCCCUGAAACUGUACAAUGACAUUGAAGGUCUGGUUCCCCCGACACUUCCGGUGAAAUACCCGAGGACGCCGGGAUACAGACCAGAGCCAUCGGAGAACAGCUGUAACGCAUGGUACUGGAAGUGUGACAUCAAAGGAGCUUCUAGCGGGCUGCUGAAGGGAAAGCGUGUCGGGAUCAAGGAUAAUGUAUGCGUUGCCGGGGUUCCAAUGAUGAACGGGUCAAAGGUCAUGCAAGGGUACACCCCUGAAGUAGACGCAACACUGGUGACCCGGAUCUUAGAUGCGGGGGGCCAAGUCAUCGGUAAGACAAACUGCGAGUCCAUGUGCUUCAGCGGAAGUAGUUUCACAAACGAUACUGGGCCAACCCUGAACCCUAAGGACCAAGAACGCAGUGCCGGUGGGUCCAGUGGGGGCAGCGCCGCCGUGGUGAAGAACGGAGAAGCUGACGUCGCCAUAGGUGGGGACCAGGGUGGGUCAAUCAGAAUCCCUUCCUCGUGGGUGGGAAUUGUGGGGCUGAAACCAACGUGGGGCCUCGUGCCCUACACCGGGGUCGUCCCCAUUGAAACCACAGUGGACCACGCGGGUCCAAUGGCUGCCAGUGUUACUGACUGCGCUCUUCUAUUGGAGGCCAUUGCGGGGUAUGACGACGGAAGAGACCCCAGACAAGAAAGCGCCAUGACCUGUCCACCAUAUUCAAAACAGUUGGAAGUCAGCUUGGCGGGCAAGAAGAUCGGCCUUCUGACGGAAGGUUUUGAUGGUUGUGAGGAGGACGUACAGAUGAUUGUACGAGCUGCGGCUGACCGCUUUAAAUCCAUUAACGUUGAGGUUGAGGACGUAUCCAUGCCCCUUCACACACACGGUGUGGCGAUUUGGGCACCGAUAUGCACGGACGGAGCCUACCAAUGUAUGAUUAGGGGGUUUGGUGGCGGCUACCAAAACAAAGGACUGUAUAACGAAUCUUUGAUGACCAAGUUACGUGAGGGAUACGCCGGCAAUGCAAGAAAUGUUUCAGAUCCUGUCAAAAUGGUUACCAUGAUUGGAACCUACAUGGAAAAGAACUAUGGUGCUCAUUACUACGCACGUGCACAAAACCUGAACUGGAAGUUGACAAAAACCUAUGACGAAUUGCUGGAGAAAUAUGACGUCAUCAUAAUGCCGACACUACCUUAUAAGGCACCGUUACUGCCCAAAACAACAUGGAGCCUACAAGAUCGCAUGAAGAAUGCUCUUGGAAUGGUCAAAAAUACGGCUCCAUUUGACAUUACUGGUCAUCCAGCCUUGACAAUCAAUGCCGGAAUGUCCGAGGGUCUUCCGAUUGGUCUGCAGAUCGUCGGAAAACGAUUCGAUGACGUAAAGGUUCUUCAAUUCGCACGUGCUUUUGAGAAACUGCAAUAAUUACGCGUGGAGAACUGUACUGUAAACUGAUGAAAUUGUGUGAUUUUGUAAAAUUCGGAACAGCAGAACACGGUGACUUUUAUUGUCAGAGCUUUCUUUAUACCUGUACUAAUCUAGAUAACGGAUUCGUAUUCAUGUUUCACAGCUGACAAAAAUUAGAUCGCAGAUUUUUAUAUUUAAGUUAAAAACUGAUGGUUUAUGCAUUUUUCAAAAACCGUUAGUAACGGUUUAAGUCAUAAAACAUUAAUUUUCGAACGGAAAUAUGAAAAUCUACGAAUUGAUUUUUUGUCAGCAAUCUUAUAUCAUUGGUUUGCAGAUAUUUACGCAAAAAUUUGCUUUUUCCAAGACAAAAAAUAAAAAAGUUGUAAAAAUGCUAUAUCUGUGUGAGUGCAGCUUCAAAGCAAUUAUAUAUUGAAAAAUAUAAGCUUUGUAUAUAAACAAGAUUUUGUAAACCACUUGCUCUCAUACUAAUUUUCUGUGUGCAUGCAACCGUGCGUUCAUGUGUGCGUAUGUGCGUGUGUGUAUACUUGCGUGCGUGUGUGCGUACGUACGUAUGAAUGUCCUUGUGUGCGCGUUUGCGUGUAUGCGUGUGUACCUCGCGUACUAUACUGGAUACUAUGUAUGCGUUAUACUUAGUACACGGGUACUACGAAUGUGCUUUGUCAUCGUAGAUUUGAGAUAGGUUUUACACAUAAAAUGAUAUAGAUCUAUCUUCCAACGAUGUCUACAUACAUUGUAUAUUCAAAUGUUGGUGCCAUCAUAUUUAAGUUUUAUUUAUGAAAACCUGUUUGUUUGUUAUAUAUAUAUAUAUAAAUUAUAUAUAAAUAUGUCUUAUAGAAUAAAUAAAAUAUUC